AUGCCGGCAGCCAACAGCUCGCCAGAUGCAUCGACGCCUGAAUCCGCGAUCACAGUGCCAGACAAGCCAAUACAGAAGGCCUUCUCGUGUGUACUGUGUGCUCAGCGAAAAGUCAAAUGCGACAAGGCGCCCGGAGGAUGCUCUAAUUGCACAAAAGCACGCGUGCAGUGCCUCUACAAGGCUCCUCUUCCACCACGGCGACGCAAGAAAGGACAGAGUGCGCGCGAACUCGAUGUCCAGGCUAAACUGAGGCUAUACGAAAAGACGCUCAGGGCGCAUGGCGUGGAUCCCGAGGAGCUGGUGAGCCAGGAGGAAGGGACAACAACGGCAAGCCGACAGGAGGAGCCGAUUGGUAUCAACAAAUACGUGGCUGAGGUUGAAGGAUUUCAAGAGGGUGUAAAGGAAGAGAGCAAGAAGGGAUCUGGCGUCCUCGUGGCUGAAGGGGGUAAAAGCAGGUAUCUUGAGAAUACCCUCUGGACCAGCCUUCAAAGCGAAUUUCGAGACCCCAAAAGAAUACUGGAAGAUUCAUCAGAUGAAGAGCAAGUUGAAGUUACCCCAGGUAUGAGUACCCUGGCUGGACUCAGCACGCUCAGAGGCGACGCCCUCCUCGGCGCUUCGAUUCUGGGUAGCUCGAAAGCACCUAGCAGUCUUCGCACAUUCCAUCCAAGUCCUGGACAAAUAUUCAAGCUGUGGCAGGUCUAUUUGGACAACAUAAACCCCCUCAUCAAGGUCUUCCAUGCGCCCUCCGUGCAACAGAUCAUCUCUAAUGCGAGCGGGAGCCUGGAUGAUAUGCCCAAGAAUAUCGAAUGUCUGAUGUUCGGCAUCUACUGCACUGCCGUAGAAAGCCUGGGAAACUCAGAAUGUGUCGCCAUCAUGGGUGAGCCCAAAGACGUCGUCAGCCAGCGCUUCAAAGCCGCUGGCCACCUUGCUCUCAUCCGUUCCAGCUUUCUCAAAACAUCUGAUCCGAUCGUCCUACAGGCGUUAGUCCUCUACAACACAUCCUUAAUCAACUUCGAUGCGCGCGUUAUCUGGAUUCUCACCGGCGUAGCAGCCCGAAUAGGCCAACGCAUUGGGCUCCACCGCGACCCGGAAACGCUGGGCCUACCUCCGUUCGAAUGCGAAAUGAGGAGGAGGCUGUGGUACCAAAUCAUGAUGCAAGACGGCUUUGCCCAAAAACUCGCCGGCACAGGCGGCACCAUGUUCUAUGGCGAAGUCAAGCGCCCCUCGAACCUCAAUGACAGCGAUCUGUCUCCCGACAUGAAAGAGCUCCCACAAGAACUCCAAGGCGCUACGGAAAUGAUGUUCUUCCUUAUUCGCUGUUAUCUUGGAGAUUUUCUUAGGAAUUCGGCGAAUGCGAAGAGCACCUAUGACGGGGUGUGGAAUACGCUGUCGGGUAGUAAGGCGAGUGGUGAGGUCAAAGACAAGGCAAUUGAUGAGCUAGAGACGCUGUAUCAGCGCAAGUUUCUCGGUUACUGCGACAAGUCUAUACCAUGGCACUUUAUGUGCACAUAUCUCUCCAAAGGCGUUGUGGCUAUGUUACGCUUUAUCGCACACUGCCCCGACGGCACAGAUGCGGAACUCCCCCAAAGCGAGAAAGACCUGCUCUUCGGGUGGGCGGUAUCCGUGGUGCGAUGGCAGAAUAUGGCAUAUACCACGAAAGAGAUGCAAGGCUAUCUCUGGCACAUCAACUCGCAUUUCCAAUGGAAGGCGUUUGUGUACUUUGUGUCUGCACUGAAGUACCGGACGCAGGGUGAGGAGGUCGAUAAGGCCUGGAAAGAAGUGGAGACGGUGUUCGACUUCCACCCCAACUUCUCGACACAGGCUUCCCGACAAGCACUGCCGAUUGCCGUUGCUACAUUGACACUUACCUCAUGGGACGCAUACGUCUCCGCGCGUGGCAUCCCGAGAGGGGGCGAGCCUUACUUCAUUCAAGUAUUGCGUACGAGGAAGAAUAAAAGAACAAGAGAGACGGUGGUUUCGGCUUCGCCCGUGCUACCGCAGGAUCUAGCGUCGACGAUCAAAAGAACAAGAGAGACAGCGGUUUCGGCUUCGCUCGUGCUACCACAGGAUCUAGCAUCGACGAUUGGGUACGCCGAUCCCAUUGACAAUUUCCAGUGGGACGCAAAUAUCGGAAAUGUAUUCAAUGGCUCACAGCUCGGAGAUCUAGAUGUGCCGAUGCUCGAACAUUCGCCGGACUGGUCGGAUUGGGACAAUUUGAUGCUGAACUUUGAGCUGCAGAAAGCGGAUAAUCCUGCUACUGACGGAGCAGGUUUUGGUAUGCCUUACGGUACUGAUAAUGGAGGAAAUGUUCCAUAUUAG